AAACCGGUUUGAAAUGUGUGCAUGUGAUAGUCACGCGCGAGUGGUUUUUGCUUCCUUCCGCGACGAGAGCGAUGGGCGACUAUAUCGGCUCGUGCUUGAGUUUGACGAUUAUAGAAGCUAUGAGGAAGUACAUUAACUCAUCGCUUGUCUCACACAAACUACAGCAACUGUAAACAACAGUGAAAAAGGAAGAAGGAUCCACACUCGCUGUUGAAUGGAGCUAUGUAUAGUAUGUGUAGGUCAGUGAUGGGGAAUGGGGUUAGCGCUGACGUCACAGUUGGCAGCCGUUGAUCAACAAGAGAUGUUGGCGGUAGCCAUGGUCUUACUUUCAGCGGCCACCCUAGGCUAAUACAACGUCUAACUUCAAGUAGAUACAAACAUCAGAAAUCAGCAAAUACGAGGCUGUUACAGUUUCUACUAAAGUGCGCCGCAAGGUGUUCCUGUGAGUCGGAGAUGGAGCAACACAAGAGUCAGGCACACCUCCGAUCCAUAUCUGCAGCCCUAGAUGAAAGAGGUCAAAGGUCACACUCUAUGAACCCGAGGAGACGUUUGUGGAAUAGAGAAUCUAUUGUUCUCUCACUCUCCCACCCACCCUUCCCUCAAAGUUUUCGACUUUGUUCGUCAUUUAUCUCCUUAAAAUGAGAAAAUUCUAGAAUCUCAGUGACAAGAGAGGUGUUGGGAGAGAGAGAGCGACGAAAACUCGUCUCCAUCAACGACGUAUAAAGUAGCAUUCAUGACAACAGUACACAAUAAUAAAAAAAAAUUUGUAAAGCGCAUACUCACACUGCUAAGGGAAAAGCAGUUCAGAGAAAUAAUCAGGGCAGGUGCCAGCAAAGAAAUUAAAACACAGCACUGACAUUUUAUACUGGAUGCCAGAACGGAUGGGAAGCCAGUGUACACAACGAAGGAUGGCGGCGUGGUCCCAUUUCCUGGCUGUAAGCAGUAGACAUGCAGCAGAGUUCUGUACUUUCUUGAGUUUGUGAAGAAGGCAUACAGGGCAGCCAGCAAGCAAGGAGUUUUCAAAAAAAAAAAAAAGGAACAGUAAGAAUGAGGUCUAAAGUAAUGGCGGAACCGUUACAGUAAAAUCCACAGAAACAGAAAGCAAGAACGCUGCGAGCGGCACGGGAACUGCAACUUCCGCCGAACAUCAGCAGCCGCAUCCAGAUGGAGAGCAAGCUUUUGGUGCACGUUCUGGUUUGUGUCUUUGCCGUGUCCUCAUGGGUGGACAUCAACGGCAUGUGGGUGGAGCUGCCCAUUCUGGUCUCACACCUUCCCGAACAGUGGACUCUGCCAUCCUACAUUACUGUUCUGGGUCAGGUAGCCAACAUCGGACCGCUUGUCUUCCUGGCGAUAACCUACCGAAUCAGCGGCAGACCAGUAAAAAGGCCGACUUUGGACAAGAUCACAUCCUACAUCAUCAUGCUGGUGGGACUGACAUCAACGCUUCUGCUGUCGUUCUUCUGGCGGAGUACGCAGCACGUGGCAGGCGCUGAGCGCAGCCUGGCCUUGCUGACUCUGAGUUUUUUUCUCUCUCUGAUGGACUGCACCUCAUCCGUGGCUUAUGUUGCCUUCAUGGCAUCCCUCCAGCCGGUCUACCUGUCCAGCUUCUUCGUCGGGGAGGGUCUGAGCGGCCUGCUGCCCGCCCUCAUGGCUCUGGGACAAGGGGUGGGGGAGAUCAAGUGCGUCAACGCUAGCAGCACCAGCGAGAGGAACGUCAGCGGCAACGUCGUCAACGUGACGGACUACUACGUCUACCCUACGUACCUGCCACCCAGGUUCUCGGUGCAGCUCUUCUUCCUUCUUCUGUGUGGAAUGAUCUUUCUGUCCAUGGUGGCAUUCUCCUUGCUCAACUUCUGGGGCUACUGCAAGGACCAGUUCACGAACUCACGCUCUUUUGAAGACUACAACCAAGUUAUAUGUCCGUCAGACCAAUCAGCAAACGACUUCGAGUCAGGUGACACAACUGACACAGUUCAAAGUCCUUUGCUGAGUUCCACACCGUCGUUGAAAUGCGGCUCCGACGGUCCAAAAAAUGACGAUGCCUUGUUGCAGCUGUCGUCAGGAUACAGUUAUCCACCCCCAGUGUCGGUGAAGGAUGGAAUCGACGAAUGCACUCCUCUGUUUGGCGACAAGACGAAAGCGCCGACAAGGGAGAUAAGCUUGCUGCUGGUUCAGGUUGUCGUCAUCAACUUCUUCAUCACUAGCUUUCUUCUCUCUAUACAGGUCUACUCUAGUCUUCCGUACGGAAUCUCAAUCUACAACCUGGUGGUCACGUUAACCAACAUCGCUAACCCACUAGCAUGUGCAGUGGCCAUCUUCCUCCCAGUCACCUCCUGUGUGGGCAUCUCAGUGCUGACGGGGCUGGGCCUGGUGUGCACUGUCUAUGUCGUCCUCUGCGCCUCCCUGAGUCCUGCGCCACCUCUUGUAGCCAGCACUGCCGGCGGUCCUGUCAUAGUUUUGCUUUGGAUUGCAGUCUCCUUUUUCCUGACGUACGCAAAGAUCUCAGUGGCUGGAGUCAUGCGUCACGUGGGCCGUCGUGCCCUUAUAUGGUAUGGAAGUGCGACUCAGGUUGGGUCUCUCCUCGGCGCCCUGACCGGGUUUGUUCUUGUCAACCAAGUCAAAGUCUUUAACGACGCUUCGUGGUGCUAAACGAAAAAAAAAAAA